AUGUCCCUCUCAAAACAAAAUACCAAAAUCUCCAUCGCCGUCGCUGGUCUUGGCCGCAUGAGCAAGCGACACGUCCACACGGUUCUCAAUCGCGUCCCCAACGCCCAUGUUGUGGCAGUCUGCAGCUCCUCACCCGACGAGCUCACCUGGGCACAAUCUGAAUACGCCAACUGGGGAAUCCACGUCUAUGAUUCUUCUUCUGACAUGAUAUCCCAUCCAGGAUUGCAGGCUGUGUGGGUCAGCACCAGCAUGGAUGUGCACGCAAGUCAGACGAUUGAGGCGAUUGAGAGGGAUUGA